CUGAAACUGAGCUCAUGAACUGCCAGGAAUCCGCCGAAAUAGUGUAUGGAAAGAAAAUGCUAAUUUCUCUUAAUAAAAAAUCAUUGAUUACGUUCUAUUUUUCGUUUCUAAGACCUUGCUUGGUACUUGCUCAAGCGAAUAUGUCUUCUGGAAUCGUAGAUGCGGAUAAAUACUCUGUGGCAUAUGUGACAGUACCAAGUGUAGAUGUGGGCAAAACUAUUGGACAUGGUUUAGUGAAGAAUAAGCUGGCUGCCUGUGUCAAUGUUAUACCACAAGUAACUUCCAUAUAUGAAUGGGAAGGAAAAAUUAAUGAAGAUAGUGAGGCGCUGCUGAUGAUUAAAACGAGAACAACACAAGUAGACAAACUGACAGAGUUUGUUCGCACCAACCACCCUUACUCAGUCUGCGAAGUCAUCUCACUGCCAAUCAAGAAUGGAAACCCACCAUAUUUGAAAUGGAUUGGAGAUACAGUCCCUGAGAAUUAGUACAUGGUAUUAAUGUAAUGUCACAACAUUUUCAAUAGAUUAUUUCAGAAUUUUCAAUUUACUUGAUAUAGUCAGAUAGGCUAAGAUUCAAAAUGUUUCGUUUCAAAAUGAUAGCUUUGAAUGCUUAUGGUGGAUUAGACCAUUUCACAUCAAUUUAAUUUUAUUAUAUUCAAUGCAAUAUGAACAAUUAGUAUUUUGAAAUGGUUAGAGUGAUAUUUCUAUUCAUAGAUGAUUUUGCAUAAUUAUGAAAAUGAUUAAUUGCAUUUAUUAUGGUUAGUAGAUAAUUGCAACAAUUUAAAAAUUUGUUGCUUCUCCUUGAGUCACAGCUUCUAAACAAUGAAUUUAGUAAACCUUUAACUCGUCGAGUACCGGUUUUGUAGACACAAUUAUAGAACAAUAGGUUGCGGUCACCGGUGACCGCUUGGUGUUUGACAGUUUAAACUGCUUUUCUAAAAAAUGACAAAAAAUGGUUAUAAAACCAUAUUUGUGUGAUUGUUACUUCUAAGUCAAAUAUGUAAUUUGUUAGUUUAAGGAAAAUAUAUGAUUUUAAAGAAAAUUAAUCUUUUUU